AUGGUUGCGUGGUUCACAAAUGCAAGGCCCUAUCUCAUGUUGUUGGCGGUUCAGUUUGGGUCUGCUGGCAUGUUCAUAUUUGCCAUGGAUGCUAUCAAGAAGGGUAUGAGCCAUUACGUCUUCAUCGUCUACCGUAAUUCCAUCGCUUCUAUAACUCUCGCUCCCUUCGCCUUUGUUCUUGAAAGGAAAGUUAGGCCCAAGAUGACUCUUCGCAUAUUUUCAGAGAUUAUGGCACUGGCUUUCUUCGAAAUAAUACUGGAUCAGUGCUUCGCCCUCUUGGGCAUGAAAUUCACGUCUGCAUCUUUCCUCUCUGCUGUCAUGAACUCCGCUCCCUCUGUUACUUUUGUCAUGGCUGUCAUUCUAAGGUUGGAGCACAUGAAGAUGAAGGAGGUGGCAAGUCAAGCCAAAUUGAUUGGAACAAUUGUAACUUUUGGAGGCACCUUGCUAAUGGCACUAUACAAAGGCCCUGUACUUAGUGUUAUGAGAUCUUCAACAAGCCAUGCUGGCCAACCUCAGAAUGUGAACAGCCCCACCGCUAACCACUGGAUCCUGGGGACAUGUGCACUUCAAAGCUCUGUUGUAGCAGCCAUCGCAGAACGCCACCACCCUCAUGCAUGGGCCCUUGGUUGGGAUACACGACUCUUUGCUCCUGCUUACGCGGGAAUAGUUACAUCAGGAGUUCAGUAUUACAUACAAGGCAUGGUGAUAAAAUCCAUGGGCCCAGUUAUUGUGACUGCUUUUAAUCCCCUUCGUAUGAUCAUUAUUACCACCUUGGCCUGCAUCAUCCUAUCUGAGCAACUCUACCUUGGAAGUGUCGUUGGAGCAAUAGUUGUGGUUCUUGGGCUAUAUCUGGUUGUGUGGGGAAAAUCAAAAGAAUGCCAGCGAAGAAUGCCACCAUCCCCUGCAAAAGAUAACUUUCCAGAAGAGCAACAGCUACCUAUCACAGCUCCCAGGAAUGAUGGCAAUAACAACAAGGUGAGAUCCGUUCUGAUUGUCAGCACUGAUUUGACUUCAGACAGAUUGAUACAUGCUAGCGUUCUAUAUUCUCAUUCAUGGAAGAAUAUGAAUAAACCAAACACUAAAGAGAAAGGUGAAUGUCUUAAGGCUAAUUGUCUAACGCCAGAAGCUGUUCAGAAGGCUUCUAGUAGGAAUAUGAAUGUUUGUUUUGGAAAAUGGGUGAGGGAGAAUCAUCGGAGUGGAAAUUGA